AUGGCCGCGGCAAGCGUUUCCACGCCGGAGUCGGACAGCGGGCUGGCCUCGGACCUCUUGUGGAGCCCCUUGGCCAGCCCGAACCUCCGGAGAUCCCUGCGGGAGAAGGAGGAGCUGCGCCAGCUCAACGACCGCCUGGCCGCCUACAUCCAACGCGUGCGGGCCUUGGAGGCGGCCAAAGCGGCGUUGCAUCUCCGCCUGGGCCGGUACGAGGAGGACAGCAGCCGCGACCUGGGCUCCUUGCGGAGCACCUACGAGAGGGAGCUGGCCAAGGCUCGCCAGGCGUUGGAGCACCGGGCCUUGCAAGAGGCGGCCUUGCAGGCGGCGGCGGACUCGUUGCGCGAAGAGCACCGGCAGCUUCUGGCCAGGAACACUAAAAAAGAACAUGAAUUAAGUUCGGCAAUUGCUCGAGCGAGAGAUCUGGAUGCUCGUCUAAACUCCAGAGAGGCUGAACUGGCAACCGCUUUACACACACAACAGAAUUUGGAGAAAGAGCUUCAAGAAUCCCAGGACCAAACCAUCUCUCUUAAGGAGCUGCUGAAAAGUUCCAGAAAUGAACUUCAGAAUGAGAAGUUGAAAAGAGCAGAGUUGGAAAAUCAAGUGAAAUCUUUCCGAGAACAAGUGGCAUUUCUGAAGAGCUUCCAUGAAAACGAACUCAAGAACAAGAAGCAACUUUACGAGAGCAGGAUUCAAGGGAUUGUAUCUGGCCGUCGACAGGAAUAUGACGCUAAACUAAUGAAUUCUCUGCAGGAGCUGAGAAAAGAGCAUGAACAACAAAUCAAGGAAUACAAAGAUCAGGUGGAACAAAAUUUCCAAGCCAAAGUAGAAAAUGCGCUCCUUUAUGCUGAAAAGAAGCAUGAUUUAGCUACUUCUGUUCAAGAGGAACUGAAAAAAACGAAACUGAAGCUUGAUAAUCUCGUAUCACAGAAUACCGAAUUGCAAGCCAGGAUCAAAGAGCUGGAAACUAAGAUAAAGGAACUACAUAGAGUGAUUGAUACUGAACGCGACUCCUCCAAAAGACGACUAGCUGAAAAAAACAGGGAGAUGGCAGAGAUGCAGCAACAGAUGCAAUCGCAGCUGGACGAAUAUGAGCAACUGUUGGAUGUGAAGCUGGCCCUGGACCUUGAGAUCAAUGCCUACAAGAUGCUGCUGGAAGGAGAAGAAAAACGUUUGAAACUCUCCCAAUUCUCCUCUGAAAGUGGGAAAGCAGAGAGGAAAAGCGAUAGGAGUUGGACCACCAUAAGUCACGGCCACCGCCUCUUCCUGCAAGGAAGGAAACGCAAACGUGCAUCGGCCAAGAAACAGGCGCACAGCCUGAGCUUCAAAGUGGUCCAGCGAGCAUCUUCUUCAGGAAGCAUCUCCAUAGAAGACAUUGACAUGGAAGGAAAAUUCAUCAAAAUUAAAAACAAUUCUGAUCAGGAUCAGCUACUAGGUGGAUGGAUGGUUAGGAAGCAGCACCAAAAUGAAUCAGACACUAUGUACAAGUUUCCUGCUCAAUUCAUUCUUCAGGCUGGUCACGUAGUAACUAUCUGGGGGAAAAGUGUGGGUUUAAACCCAAGUCCUAGCACCCUGGUUUGGGAAUCCCAAAAGUCAUGUAGACUUGGAGAGAACAUCGGUAUUGUUCUCCUCGACGGUGAUGGGAAUGAGACUGCAGAAGGAAUGAUCAUGUAUCUGGAAAGAGGAGAAGGUGAUGGAGAAAUGGAAGAUGCUGCAGAAGAAACAAAGCUAGGGAUUCAUAGCCAGCACAAUGAAACCCGCAGCUGCCCCAUCAUGUAA